UUUCCGCUCACAAAACACUGCAAAUGGUAUAUUGUGUCCAGCAACAGUUUAUGAAAAUUGUAAAGCAGCUUCAUUUCAUUUUUUACUUGUCCUGCGAAUUGAUGAUAUUUCCAAGAUGAACUGUUUGUUGUAUUUCUUCAUCGGAGCUCUGUGCCUUAAUCAAGGCUUUGCUCAGAGUACUAAUCUCAAUGAGGGGGAAGCUCCAGGAGUUGCUAAACGUUCUAUUGAUGAUGGUCCACAAAGCAGUCCACACAUCAUCCAUAGGCGAGAUGACGGUGGAUCCAAGCCUAGCAACCCCCUUAAUCCUCUUCCUGGUGGUGGAGGCCAAACAAAUGCACUUCCUCAUAGGCGCUCCGUAGACGAUGUCUUGGCCCAUGGCGAUAUCAUGCCAAUUCCUCACGUCAUUCAUAAGAGGCAAGAAGAGUCAUCCAAGGAAGGAUAUGAAAUACUUGACAAUGAAACUCCCCCACCUCCACGAACAAGAGGAAAGAAGUAAAGAUGAAUCGUUUCUGGAGUCGCUAAUCUGGUGGGAUUGCCAAUUAAGUUGUUGGGUUCAACGAAAUGCAGUACAGAGAAAUGAAAAGUAGAUGAUAUAAUUUUGCUUAGAAAAAUAUACAAGAGAAAGCAUGCAAAACUUGUAAUAUUUCACAAGGCGCCAUACAGAAUCACAAAUAGUUUAAGAAUUAUUAUUUUGAAAAUAAAUUUGUUUUAGAAAUUUUAGUCUUGAACCUAAUCACUAUAUUACCUCUUUGGUUUAACUGCAAUAAAAUCACAAUUACAUCAUUAUUAACGUGAAAGCAAAUAUAAUACAACAUACUAAAUUUAGCUUAUAAAUAAUGUUUGCACCCAGUUCUAAUUGUUUUGCAAUUAUUUGCACUAUUUCAAAUUUUUCAAUCAUUUUGAUGGACAAACUUUAUAUCAAACGAUCAUACGUUAGAUACAGCACACCGAUUGGAUGUGAUAACUAGAUUCGGUGGAUCGAAUGUUUGAAGUUUGCCUGGAUGUUAGCAUCAGCCACAACAGUUCUUGAAAGAACAUGGUGACACUGGUGUUUGUUUUAAACUUAGAUGGUAAAUAAUAUUAGUUUUAACAAAUGAUAUAAUAUUGUGGUAUAGCACGUUCACUCAAUAUGCCAUCUUGUCGUUCAGCCCGGGCGUUCGGCAACAUGAUUCACACUCUCAAAAUCACCAUCGUAUAUUCAUCAAAUCAACCAUUGUGCAUUUUAUUCAUUUCAGACUGUAAAAUAUAUUCUAAGAGUAAAAGAGAUAUUUGGACACCUGGUCUUGAUAUACCGUAUUUUAUUAUUUUGUAAUGGGCCAACAUAAGCCUUCAAACCUUGUUUGCUUCCAUGUUCACUAGGUAAUUAUCAAUAUUAUCACAACUAUAAUGAUUAAUCAAUGAAUAGGUGAAAGACAAAUAAAAGCGACCAGACACAUA